UGUGGAUAUUAUCACCAGUAAAUACUUGAGCACAUUAAAUGUAAAUGCUUGGUUGUGUGUGUUCAGUUAAGUGAAACAUUUGUGUCAACUGUGUGAAAAAUGUGUGUCAACUUUGUGAAGCAUUUGUGUCAACUUGGUGAAACAUUUGUGUCAGCUGUGUGAAAAAUUUGUGUCAACUUUGUGAAACAUUUGUGUCAACUUGGUGAAACAUUUGUGUCAGCUGUGUGAAAAAUUUGUGUCAACUUUGUGAAACAUUUGUGUCAACUGUGUAAAAAAUUUGUGUCAACUUUGUGAAGCAUUUGUGUCAACUUGGUGAAACAUUUGUGUCAAAUUGGUGAAACAUUUGUGCUAACUUGGUAAAACAUUUGUUAUCAACUUGGUUAAACAUCUGUGUCAUCUUGGUGAAGUAUUUGUGUCAACUUAGUGAAACAUUUGUGUCAACUUGGUGAAACAUUUUUGUCAACUUGGUGAAAUAUUUGUGUCAACUUGGUGAAACAUUUGUGUUAACUUGUUGAAACAUUUGUGUUUACUUGGUGAAACAUUGUGUCAACUUGGUGAAAUGUUUGUGUCAAAUUGGUGAAACAUUUGUGCCAACUUGGUGAAACAUUUGUUGUCAAUUUGGUGAAACAUCUGUGUCAUCUUGGUGAAGUAUUUGUGUCAACUUAGUGAAACAUUUGUGUCAACUUAGUGAAACAUUUGUGUCAACUUGGUGAAAUAUUUGUGUCAACUUGGUGAAACAGUUGUGUCAACUUGUUGAAACAUUUGUGUUUACUUGGUGAAACAUUUUUGUCAACUUAGUGAAACAUUUGUGUUAACUUGGUGAAAUAUUUUUGUCAGCUUAGUGUAACAUUUGUGUCAAUUUGGUGAAAUGCUUGUGUCAACUUGGUGGAACAUGUGUGCCAACUUUGUGAAACAUUUGUGGCAACUUGUUAUAGCGUUUGUGUAAAUUUGGUGAAACAUUUGCGGCAACUUGGUGAAACAUUUGUGUCAACUUUUGUGCAGACUGCACAGGCUAAUCUGAGGUGACACUUACCACACAUGCAUUAAGCCCUGUUUCUCCCAGAGGAAGACAGGUGACACUUACCACACAUGCAUUAAGCCCUGUUUCUCCCAGAGGAAGACUGAACUUGUUUUUGUAAUAAAUGCAGUUGAAAGCAGGAAGGGUGGGAUCUAUUAUUAAUCAUUCAAUCUAUGUGAUAUAAAGUCAAGUGUUUGUCUGAGAGGUUUCAGUGAGUUCUGUAUGGGGAUUACCAGGCCAGCUGAGAAGGGACCAGGCUGGAAGUUAGCGCGCAGCAAGUCUACCCCGCUCACCGGCCCCCGUACCGUCCACAUCCCCCGCACUGAGCGGGGCUACGGGUUCACUCUACGACACUUCAUUGUUUACCCACCAGCACCAAAGAACUUCCUGAAGGAGAGAGACUACACCAGUGAUGAAGACCAAAGGGAGGAGCUGUACUACCAGCAGAUAGAGUCAGGCAGCCUCCAGCCCCUGGACACCAUCUUCGUCAAGAAUGUCCGGGAGGGCGGGCCAGCACAACUUGCGGGCCUGAACGCUGGGGACCGGAUCAUCUCAGUCAACGGGGAACCAGUCACUGGGAGGUCUUACGGUCAGGUGAUCAGCCUCAUACAGCAGACGACCUCUGACCUCAGUCUGCUUGUUGUACCGAAGGAGGAGGACAUUCUGCAACUGGCUUAUGAAAACUCGAGCCAAUCAUUUGACUCGGACUACUGCAGCCAAUCAGCACACACGUACAGUCGCCAGUCAUCAAUGGACAGCAGCCAGCGAACCUCACGAGAGAGUCGGGAUCGUAAGGUCCUCUCUACGAGUUCUUUAGACGCCAACGUUUUACUUGAGGGUCAAGAGCCGGGUGGCGGUCAUGUGCUCCGGACUCUCCGAACUUCAACCUCGUACACAUCCGGGCUUGGCGGACUACGGGACUCGGGGCCCAUGUCGGAGGAGCAGACGAUGAACAAGUCUGUGUUUCUUGAUCGGAGGCGGGAGUUUGAAGCACGCGCAGCUCAGGAAAAUGUAAAUCCAAAUGCGUCGAAAGCGUAUUCGUUUGGGUUGUACUUCCCCAAAAAAGAGGCGAAAGUCAACAGUUCGGUGGAGAAUUUAGCCCGGGAAGUGGCUGUGAAAAGAUCGAGGGAAUCUGUUCUUCAGCCGACGGACUCACAGGAAAAUAUUUCAAAGACUCAGGGGCAGCCAUCACGAACACGGAAUGUGCCUAUUGAGUAUCGACAUAGCAGCAGCCCGGAUCCCAAGAUAAUGGAGAGGCUCAAGUCUCAAACAGAAGUUUCCACUCGGGUCAACGGGGCAUCGUCUGGGUCGGGGUUCAGUUCCUCCAUCAGGCACAGUUUCCCAGACUCCGGACUUCAAGUGUGGACGUCCCCGCGGCGCAGGACGAGUGAUACCAACUCCCCGCACGGGUUUCUUGGUGGGGGGACUCCAAUACCAGAUGGUAGCCGACAAGAAGUUGGUGGUAGCAAUGCGAACAGCUGGCAAUACGUGCCCGUCAUUUCUGACUCUUCCAUUGCUAGAAGUCAAAACAUGUCGGCUAGUGUUGAUAGCAUCGAUCCGCGAUCGAAUGUGUAUCACACGGAGCACCAGUUACGAACUGCGUACAACAAAAAUGCACCUAUGAUGGAAUCGACCCCGAAACACAAGCCCCCUCCUAGCAGGACGUUUAUUGUAAAGAUAGGUGACGGGGAAGAUCGGAGUACCACACCUGUGGCGGGAAAUGCAGCGUCGUAUGGAGCUGCCUUCGCCGUGACUCGAUCUCCCAAUGCGACAGAAGUGGAGAUAAGGCACAAAUCGCGAGAGCCGAGAAUUCUCGUUUCUCACAGAAAGAAACAGUUUGAGGAGAGGAAGGACUUAACACCGCCGGUGGGUAACGCUGUGACUCAAAGAUAUAAAACAGAAGUGACGAGUUUUAGGAAGUUUGACGGUAUUCAGGCGCGCCUGGCCUCGUUUGAGAGCAGUAGCAGCGCGGAGCAGUCACCUUCACGGUCCCAGACGCCCGUCGGCCCGGCGGGUAAAACCCGUCAGCAGUCGAUGGAGAGACUCACGUCUCCAGAACCACAGGGGUGCAGCACACCAUACCCCACUCAGGGAAAUACAGAAUCCAAGUAUUCAGAGGGGACUCCCAUACGGAUAUACUUGUCCCAAGGGAACUCCAAGACCGCGGGAUCUCCCAUUGUUGAGAUCGUUCCCAUGCCGUCCUCAUAUAAGAUGGAUUCCGCAGCGCCGGACGGAAGGUCGGCAGGAUUUGUUUCUCACAGCGGGGAGGCAUCGGAGCAGGUGGAGAAUGAUGGGCAGAAGCCAGUCAGGAAAGGGUCGUUCCUGUCUGCUGUCAACGCCCCGUACAGUCGAUAUCUCCCUCAGACUGGGUAUGACAAUGAAACCCCUUCCGAGACCCCUAAAUCAUCAAGGAACUACAUCACCAGUGACAUUCGAGCGUCCAAUCAAAGUCUAGCCAGAGAGAUUCGUUCUUCCAAUCAAAAUGUAUCGCACGAUGUGCGUCUGUCCAAUCAAAGCCUGGCGUUUGAUCUGCGGUCGUCAACUCAGAGCCUGUCUCGUGAGGGGGCAGCGACUCCCACCCUGACCUGGAGACAGCCCAGUCCAGCAAGGGCUCUCUCCCCCAGCAGUCUUGGGGACUCCAGUGUGGACAUCACCUUGACAACCAACACUGUGACCCUGACCUCCGGAUCUGGUACCGUUCGUAUGCGCAACAAGCCCGAAUUAACAGCUGAGGACGCUGAGACCAAGCUUCACAGACGUACCUCAUACCUGAUGGCGACUGCAAAGGACCGGUCUGCAGCCAGUCUCGCUAUGUCCCCUCACUCCAAUAUUCCUAUAGAUCCCAGCACCCCGGCUGCAGGACAGAUGGGCAAGCACAAGAGUAUGCGUAAACUGAAGGACUUCUUUGGAGAGAAGACACCACGAAUCAUGGAGGCGCAGGAGAAGAAACUGGAUCCGUUUAGUCAAGUGUUCAAGGACGGGAACCAUAUGUCCAGUCAAGUGGUCAAUGCAGGGAACCAGCCUGCCAGUCCGUUACAGGGAGUGAUAAAGGAGGGGAACCUAGCAGUGAAAUUAGAUGUUAUAGAUGGAAAGCGUGCAGGGGACCGGUCUUGGCGCCCAGUGUGGGCCGUACUGCGUGGACACGCCCUGUACCUGUGUAAGGAGAGACGGGACCCAGUCACACUUGUAGCCCAUGCACUUCCCAUGAAAGUGCGUGCAGGAUCCCAGACGAGCGUGUUCUCAUACGAAGAGCAGCCAAUCUCCGUGAAGUCCUGUAUCGUAGACAUUGCCCACAGCUACACCAAGCGCAAGAACGUGUUCCGACUGAAGACGUACAACGGGUCGGAGUACCUGCUCCAGGCCGAUGACCAGAUGGACAUGCUAGUCUGGAUACGACACAUCAGCGCCAACAAUAAUCCAGACCUUGACGCCAACGGUGUUACAAACGCCGAGCUGAUUAUCCGCAAGAGCCAGGAGCUUACUGAGUCGGGACCAACCCUGGGGAGCAACACGUCCCCAACCCCCGCCCAUAAGAUCACCAAGAAACUCUCUGUUAUCAAACAGAAGGUGCCGCAGUCACCCAGCAUCAAGAGACGCAAGACAGUGUCCGGGGAUAAACUUGAGGACACCGGGAAGCCGAAGACGUGGAAGGGUAAGCUAGGGAAGAGCAUUAAGAAGCACAUGGGCUCGAGUUCGUCCACCGGUCAAAUUGCAGUUGUACCUGAGACCGGAGGGAUGUUCGGGGUGCCAUUGGAGGACUGUCUGCCCUCACCCAACAAUGAGUUUGUGCCCCUCAUAGUGGACCUAUGUAUCCAGAUAGUUGAGGCACGUGGACUGGAGAUGACUGGUGUCUACCGUAUCCCUGGUAACAAGGCAGCCGUAACCAUACUACAAGAAGAAUUCAACAAGGGUAUCGACUGUAUGAACCUGGAGCAUGAGAAGUGGUGUGACGUGAACGUGAUCAGUUCUCUAUUGAAGUCUUUCUUCCGCCAGCUUCCCGAGCCACUAAUUCCUGAUGACCUGUACCAGCCAUUCAUCGAUGCAAGCCGUAAUAAGGACCCGGAGAAGCGCAUGUUGAAGCUGAAGGCACUCAUACACAAACUGCCGGAGCACCAUCUAGAGACGUUCAAACACCUUGCGCGACACCUGAACCGCGUAGCCCAGUACGCUGACGUCAACAGGAUGCAGGCCAAGAACCUUGCUAUCGUGUUUGGGCCGACAUUGAUCCGCAAGGCCGACGACAACAUGGUAGCCAUGGUGACAGACAUGUCGGACCACUGCAAGAUCAUAGAAAGCAUUAUUCUCCAUUGUGAGUGGAUCUUCGGCUCCUGGGACAUGGACAGCAGCGUCCCCACAGAUGACGAGGCUGCAGAGUGCAUGUCCUUGGUGUCAGCGCCCUCCAGCAGUAACAUGAGAGAGGAGGCCGAGUUAAACCCACGUGAGAUUGUUUCAAGUAUAGUCUCGGCAGCCAAUAGAAAACUUCGGGGUGAAAGCCCAGCUCGCGUCUUGCCGCCGGACAAAAGAAGCGUGUCUGUGUCAGACCCACCCCUUGGCUACAACGAGCGAAACAUAGACAAUGAGAUUCUCAUUAGGACGCAAAAGAUCGACACAACAUCCCGCAGCAGCCCGAAUCUAGCAGCCAUGCAGCAUUGCACGGACCUGCUGAAACCAUUGCCGGAUCUACCAGACAGACGCAUGGCAAAGUCCCAAGACUUUGUAGACCGUGAAUUUUCUGACUUCGAUUUCAUCGAUUCGGAGAAGGAAAAUUCGGUGGCUUUUCUUACGCCGAUGACGCAGUAUUUUUCAGACGAGUCUCUACUGGACCGGAAUGACGAGUUGGAGCUCUCCCACGGCAACACAUCACUCCACGGGAGUUUUAACCGACUCCGACGUGAGACGAUCGACAGUCUGAGGCGCAUUGAGCUGGAGGCGCGUGCCAUUCGGGAACGUGAAGAACGGGAAGAGCGCCGACAGCGGGAGGAAAAGAAGCGUCAACUUGAGAGGCAAAGAAUUGAGGCAGAUAUCCUGCAGACGCAGCGUGAGCUAGAGAUUGAGGACAGGCAUAGCGUGGAAGAUCUGCUCCAAGCAACAACUGGAUAUUCACUGAGUCUGCACCCACACGGAGACACGCCAGAAGAAUCGGGUAGAACAAAACGGUACGGUGGUAGAGACUCACACAGGAGUGAUAAGCAUAUUGUUGUGAAGAGUAAUGUUGGUUCUAACUAUCGGUCAGCGCGGCAGCCCCGACAGACGAGCGCAGGGUCGCUGUCAUCGCAAGCAAAACGAACGGGCUCAGUAGAAAAUAUGGCGGACGGACACAGCUUUCCAAGUGCUAUUAACCGCCCCACCGCCCAGGUGAAGGCUCAGUCUAAGAGGGACUCAGCAGAGAUAAAGCGGCGAAGUGUGGGUUUAACCCGGACAGGUUCAGUGCGGCGCGGUUCUCUGGAUUCCCUGAUUGACUUGCUGGAGAGGCGGGACAACCGUAUGUCCUGGGCUUCCACAGACUCCGAUGAGGGAUUUGAUUUGCUAGCUACGCUAACCUCAACUUUCGAUAAGAAAUUGCAAACAUUAUCUAGUGCUAAAAUGUCCAAUUGUGCAUCAUCAUCAAAGCCUCCUAGGUGGGGUCUGAAUUCAAAUGGUGGCAGUGUAAGUAAUGGCGCUUUACCUGAUGCAGGCGAUUCCCCGGCAGCUCAGACGGCGCAGCACCGACUCCCUCCACAGCCUCCCCUGUCCCACUUAUCUCGGCAAGCAGCCAUGCAGGCAGAUAAUCAGGGUCAAGGAAAGCAGUACAGAGAUCCCAGCCUACACAGGACGCCACCGAAAUCAGACGCGAAGAUAGGAUUGGCGACCAGAUUUGAGAGAAGCACCACUCACAAUCCUCUCUAUGAAGGCCACAGUGAGCCAAGUCUUAACCUUCUGGUUCGGUCAGGUAGCAACAAUAGUGGUAUCAACCUGCACAGUGAUGUUACAUACUCGGCUGAUAGCGCUGUUGUCCAAGGGGUUGCUUCUAGGAUGAUGGAACGUUCUGAGAGUAACGCUGCAAUCCAAGGGGUUGCUUCUUGGGGGAUGGAACGUUCCGAGAGUAACGCUGCAAUCCAAGGGGUUGCUUCUAGGGGGAUGGAACGUUCCGAGAGUAGUGCUUCAAUUCAUGGGGUUGCUUCUAGGGGGAUUGAAAGGUCCGAGAGUGAUUCAAGGGUUGCCUCAGUCAUGGUCGUGAUUUCCAGUCCAUCGAUAAUGUCUGCUGACAGCAGCGGUCGCAUGGCAAUACAGCAACACGUCUCUAAACCUCUCACUGCAUACCACUCACCGCUAAAGUCGUUCUUAAACUCGCAGAAUGACGGUCUCCAUGGUGACCCCUUAAGGACAGAAACCCCACCAAAACGUCCAGACUACCGGCCCAUUACAAAAUCAGAAAAGACCGAAGUGAAUGUGAGACUAUCUCAGAGCUUAGAGAAAAACAGAGCAGCUGAGGAAUCUGACGCUGCCAGUCAUGGACCGGUCAGUGAGAGUGUGCCAAAAACUCGGUCUGCAUCGCCGCCUGUAUUCGGUAGGAAACGAAACGAGCAGUGUAAACGUCGUCGCCAUACAGUGGGUGGUACAAGUGAUAGCAAUAAUAUUUUAGCAAUGGACGCCGCCUUGUCAAACGUGAAACGACAGUCGGCUUGGGAGCAACUGCGACCGAACGUUGGUGCCAACGUUGUGCCUCACGCAAACAUGCAGUCGUGGCUGCAAGCUGAGCGACUCAGGGGAAGUUCACCUGAUCUGUCGUCCCUCAGGGAUAGGGGAAACAGACAGGCUACAUCCUGACCUUGAACUGAUAGGGGAAACAGACAGGCUACAUCCUGACCUUGAACUUUAGUAUUUACCAUGUUUUGACCUUAACCAUUGACCUUGGUUUUUACUUUGAAAAUAAAUCUUGGUUGGGGUUUGACCAGUGCUUGACCUUGAGGGAUUUGAUGCUAUGUUUGGUCAUUGACAUUGGAGUGUUUAGGAUUAUGUGUAUUGACAGAAGUUCAAAAUGUCGCAAUUCUGAUAAAGGGUAUUCAACUGCAAUAUAUUUGUUAAGAAGGUGAAACUUUGUGAACUUGAUGUCGUUGACAUGAACUUUAUAUUGACACAGAGACUCAAAUACAGUUGACAUGAACUUUAUAUUGACACAGAGACUCAAAUACAAUCAGAGAGUAUUUAGCUCUUGAUUUUGUUAGACAAUUUUUUUUUUAAUGUUUAUUAAUGCAUUGUUGAUAUAGGUAUGUACAUUUUAUUUGACUUUUUUUACUGCAAACUGUUUAACCUUUGAACUGUUUAUUUAAAACUUGAGUGUUAAAUCCCCCAAACUGCCGCUGUUAAAAUACUCAAGAGAUGGAAACCAUGUUCUGUCAAAUCAUUAUUACUCUUUGGACAUGAUUUUUUUUCAUUGAUUUCGUGAGUUGAUCAAUCCGCGAAUUUAUCACAAACACAUCGGAAAAUGACCAACGCAAAUUCCUGAUUCUUUUUUUUACUAAAAUAAAAAAGCAUGAAAUUAUGUGUCUGCAAAAGCCAUUUUUAAAAAAAAUAACGUUAUUUCUAGCCAACGAAUAUAAACUAUUUGGCAGCAUUCCAAAACCGGUUGGUACUGGAAUACAAAUUGCUACGGUAUUUUUCGAUACAUCCUUACAUUGAGUAGUUUCUGCCAUUAAAGAAACCCCUCCCCCCAUUACACCACACCCACCCCUUUUUGCCAACUUUCCUUGUACUUGCAAUAUUUUUUAUUUGACUGAAACUUAUAGAUAUUUGUUAAAUAGAGUUGCAGAUAUUGUAUUUUAAGACAGCAUGUGCAUGCAUGCAAAUUAGAGACGAUAGGUAAUCAUUUAUUCAUUCGUGUAUACUAUUUAAUACGUUAUUAUAGUUGUAUUGUACGGUUGUUUUAACAAGAGUUGUUUCCCUUUAAUGUACAUUUUAUAUUGUAUGUGUACAUUUUUAACAAUGAUAAAUUAAACAUGAUUUUUCAAA